AUGGAAGGGAUACCCCCUCUAUUACAAACUGACACGUCAUUAGCAGUGGUGUAUAUCAUCAUAAUUAGCACUGCCCUGUUGGUGGGAACUUUUGGUAACACACUUAUUCUCCUGGUAUCGACCGCGCUCCGGGGAGUCAACAAAUGCGGCAAGGAAUUCAUCGUAAACAUCGCCGUCGCUGAUCUAUGUGUCACAGCGAUUGCAGACCCGCUGUGUAUCAUUGGUGUCACACAAGGAGAACGAUUUUUUGAGGAGAAGAAAUGGCUGUGUGUCUUUGUGGCAAGCCUCUGUCUUACCGCCUGCUUUUGUGCAUUCCUCAGUCUCACUCUCAUGUCGAUGUCACGCUAUAUAUACCUGUGCCACAACCAGGUGUACCACAGAGUGUUCAGUCGUGCCUCCAGCAUUUUGCUUUGUAUUACCUGUUGGGUUGUCGCUUUCUUGUUGGAGACCCCAAAUUUCUUUGGCUGGGGCGGACACUACUUUGAUCAAAAGAAUCACCAGUGUAUCUGGGAUCGGACCGCUAGUUCAUCUUAUACCAUGUCUGUUUCAAUUUUGAUUGGAGGAUCACUCCUUGUAAUGGCGGUAUGCUAUUUUCUUAUUUUCAAGCGUAUCUGGGAAACAAAACGUAAUAUCUACAUAUUGGAUAAUGAAAAUCCCUUGAGAAUGAGGAGAGUUUGGGAAGAAACAGUCCGUUCAUCUAAGAUGUUGUUUUGCAUUUUUGUUGCGUUUGUUGUAUGUUGGACGCCGUACGCUAUUGUUUUGGUUUUAGACGUGCAAGACAAUUUUUCCACAAAAGUUCAUCUUUUCAUAACACUUGUUGCGCAUAUACACUCAAGUGUCAACUGCAUCAUUUAUUUCGCAGGCAACAAGCGCUUUCGAAUGGAAAUUCUUCGCCUUUGUGUCCGUAAGUCGUCUCGAGAAGCACCAUGUACUUCCCAUCCCGAUAUCAUGCAUACUUAA